AUGUCUCGUAAUUUUUCUCAAACUCGUUCGGUACAGAAUAAUGCAAGAUCAGGUUUAAAAGAUUUAUCAAAUAAAUUCUCAAAAGUUCAAAUUGCUACUAAAACUACUAAUCAACAAGCCUCAGCUAAACCUUCUCCACUUAAUAAUCUGAUUGAAUCCAUUAAAGCUGGCAAAUAUAAACGAAUAGUUAUUCUUGCUGGUGCAGGUAUUUCAACACCAAGUGGUAUACCUGAUUUUCGUACACCUGGUACUGGUUUAUAUGAUAAUCUUCAACGUUAUAAUAUUCCAUAUCCUGAAGCAAUAUUUGAAUUAGAUUAUUUCUAUCGGAAUCCAAAGCCAUUUUUUCAUUUAGCAAAAGAACUUUAUCCUGGCAGAUAUCUUCCAAAUAUAAUUCAUUAUUUUAUUCGUUAUUUACAUGAUCAAAAUAUUCUUCUUCGUGUUUAUACACAAAAUAUCGAUGGACUUGAACGAAUGGCUGGAAUUCCAGCAGAUAAAAUUGUUGAAGCACAUGGAACAUUUCUAACUGCAACAUGUCAACGAUGUAAUCAAAAAUAUGUCUGUGAAGAUAUUCGACAACAAAUAUAUGAUGAUCAAAUACCAAAAUGUACAAAAAGAUCGCGAUGUACUGGUGUUAUUAAACCGGAUAUUGUUUUUUUUGGUGAAGAUCUUCCAAAUCGAUUUGAUAUGUAUUUACGUGAUUUACCUGCAUGUGAUUGUUGUAUUGUUAUGGGUACAUCAUUAGCUGUUGCACCAUUUUCUGAUAUUGUUAAUUCAGUAUCACGUUCAACAGUACGUCUUUUAAUAAAUCGUCAAAUUGUUGGAGCAUUUUUAUCUCCAAGACAACAUGAUAUAACAAUGAUUGGAGAUUUAGAAAUGAAUGUGAAAGAAUUUUUAACAAAAUUAGAUGUUAUUGAUAAUGUAAUGGAAUUAAUGAAAAAAGAGAAUGCAGAAAAUGAAAAAAAGAAAAUAGUACCAAAUAAAAAUAUGUCGACAAAUACAGUAGCAAAUGAUCGAUUGAAAGCUGCAGAAAAGUUUAUAGAACAGAAAAGAAGUUUUUCAACUUUAAAUCAUCGUCCACAAGAAUCACCAUUAGAAUUUCAAUCGAAUACUAUAUUUAAUGACACAACUAAAUCUAUGAUUGAAAAACAUAAUGAUGCCUUAUUAUUAAAUCGAAGACGAAUAAAACCAGUAUUGCCUGCUAUAUCGUCAAGAAAACCACCGCCCAGACCACCAUCACCGUCAUCGUCAUCUUCAGAUUCAAUGGAUAGUUCAUUAUCUGAAGAUGCACUAAAACCUUUUGUUGUUAAAAGAUAA